UAUAGCCUGUGAAGGAAUCAGAAGUGUAAUGCUUGAUCGCUUUUAAAUGGACCAUCUGCACACGGCAUAUGAGCACAUGGGACGUUCUUCCCUCAACCGUCAACCUCUGUGACAGCUUUAUAAGAGUCAACACUGAAUCAAAUCAAGCUUCAGUGGCUCUGGAGGGAAAUUACAUUGCAGCCAACAUUUGCUGAUGCACAAUAAAAUAAGCCAUAUAAACAAACUUACUGAAACAGAAAAGAAAUGAACAAUAAUAGAAAGGCACUUGGUGUGAUCAUCAUUAUUCUCUCUCUUCUUCUGCUACGCACUGUUUCAGGUGAGAAGGGCCAAAUAAACCAGAUGUUCAGCAGAGGACUUCGUCUUAUUGUUGAAGUUCCUCAUGUCCGUGUGGAUCACCUGCUGACUCCGAAGGUGCAUGUUCUUCUGCCUGCUGGAGUUGAGAUGCAGCGUUCGAAGCGAGUGACGCUGGCGUGUGUCAUCACUGGGUUACAGUCUAAAGAGGUGAGGAUCACAUGGAGAGUCAACGGAGCAACAGUUCUCAAAAAACAUGCCAGUUCUGCACAAGUGCACCAGGAGCCUGGCGGUACGUUCUCUGCUGUGGGACUGUACUCGGUUCUCCCUCAUCAGUGGGGGCAUGGGAACUUUUACAGGUGUGAGGUGACUUACAAAACGUCAUUUUACUAUGAAAAGGCAGAGUCUUCUCUCUGCAGUUCUCCAGAGUGACUGUAACUGUGUCCUGCGGUAGAAACUCUUUAAAUACUAUGAGAUACAUCAGCUGACCUCUGAGCUGGAACUCUUAUUUCAUUUCGAUAUCUAAGAGGAAGAAAAUAUAUUUUCUAAAGAAAUGUGUAUACUCCUGUGAAAUUCUGAAUUCUAUAUUUAUGUAUCAUCACACUGUUUUCAUGACAUUUUCCUAAAUUCUUAUUAGAGCUGAUGCAUUUAGAUGUUUUAGUAUUUUAACAUUUUUAAACUGCAAAAAA